CAACGGCGGCGGCUCCAGCAACGGCGGCGGCUCCAGCAACGGCGGCGGCUCCAGCAACGGCGGCGGCUCCAGCAACGGCGGCGGCUCCAGCAACGGCGGUGGCUCUAACACUGAUUGCGAGGAGUCUAUUGUCCCCUCGACUGAGAUUGUGCCUGUUCCCACCAUACUGAAUUGUUCCUUCGACUGAGAUUGUGCCGGUUCCCACCCCCACGACUGCUAUCCCUGCUGUCACCCCCAUCGUUCCUCAGUAUGUGACCGUUGAGGUUCCGACCACUGUCACCCAGAACUCGGUUGUUUACCAGACCGUGCCUAGCAUCAUCUACGAGACUGUGCCCACCGUCGAGGUCCUGUACUCGACUGUCUUUGUCACCCAGACCAUGCCCAUCAACAUUAUCCAGACUGAGUACCAGUACCAGACGAUUACCAACCCCGUCUACGUCCCUUACGUCCAGACCAGCGUUGUCACCUCAACUGUCACUGCGCCUAUUCCUGCUCCCGUGACCGAGUACCAGACUGUCACCGCCCCCGCCCCGGCUCCCGUGACUGAAUACCAGACUGUCACCGCUCCGGCUCCUGCCCCGGUUACCGAGUAUCAGACUGUCACCGCCCCCGCUCCGGCUCCCGUGACCGAAUACCAGACUGUCACCGCUCCAGCUCCUGCCCCGGUUACCGAGUAUCAGACUGUCACUGCCCCCGCUCCGGCUCCCGUGACCGAAUACCAGACUUACCAGACCGUCACAGUCACUGGUCCCGCUCCCGCCCCCAGCUACCAGACUGUUACGGUCACUCGCACUGAGGGCGUUGUCCCCUCGACCGAGGUGCCCGUCCCCAGCACCACUGGUCCCGUCCCCACCCACGUUUACACGGCCAUGCCUCCUGCUCCUAUUUCAUCCAGCUCCGUCCCGGUGGCUUCCUACACCAGCGUGUCCACCCCCACCGAGAAUAGUGUUUCCGAGACGACCUGCGAGGAUAGCAGUGAGGGUGCCUAUGCCACCACCAUUCCCGCUGCCUACUACUAAGCGGUUCUCCCCUCCCUGAUCAGUUGAAAGACGCAAUCAUCUCUUCCUCAAUCUCUCUACCCUACUUUACCCUUUCUUCUGUUUAACCCAGUCAUCUGCUUUAAAGUGCAGCGCACCUUUUAGCAAAUAUACAAAUCAAUAUAUACUCUAAAUUUUA